AUGUCUGCGGUCGAUACCCGAGUGGUGAAAACUGCGGCUAAGCGUAAAGGAUGUAAGGACGUUGGCACCGAGUCAAAGAGCAAGAGGCUGGACCGUCGUAACGACAAGUGGCUGCCAUCCGACCCAACACCAAAAAUGAAGAGAUGUUAG